UGGGGGUUGGCCUGGGCGCGGCGUGGUCUCGGCCUAUCAGCGUCCUCACUAGGUCCUCUGUUCUGGUGGGUAGAAGAAACCCGCUCCGGUUUCAGCAAGGAAAAUCUGCAGAAAGGGGAAGGAGGUCCCCUCACCAUGUGGCUGUACGUGGCCGCCCUCGUGGGCCUCUGGUACCUUCUGCGCUGGUACCGGGAGAAGCAGGUGGUGAGCCACCUCCGGGACAAGUACGUCUUCAUCACGGGCUGUGACUCGGGCUUCGGGCACCUGCUGGCCAGGCAGCUGGACCUGCGAGGCUUGAGGGUGCUGGCUGCGUGUCUGACGGAGAAGGGGGCCCAGCAGCUGAGAGACCAGACGUCAGACAGGCUGGAGACGGUGAUCCUGGACGUCACCAAGACAGAGAGCAUCUCUGCGGCCACCCAGUGGGUGAAGGAGCGUGUGGGGGACAGAGGACUCUGGGGCCUGGUCAACAAUGCAGGCAUUUUUCACCCACAUUGCUGCAGUGAGUGGCUGAAAAUGGAGGCCUAUAUGGAUGUCUUCAAAGUGAACCUCACUGGUUUGAUUGAGUUGACCUUGAGCAUGCUUCCCUUGGUGAGGAGAGCACGGGGGAGGAUUGUUAAUGUCUCCAGCGUUUUGGGAAGAAUUGCUUUCUUUGGAGGAGUCUACUGUAGCUCCAAGUAUGGAGUAGAAGCCUUUUCAGACACUCUGAGGCGUGAGCUUCAGCAUUUUGGGGUGAAAAUCAGCAUAGUUGAACCUGGCUACUUCAGAACCGGAAUGACAGACUUGCAGGAGUGCUUAGAGAAACUAAAGCAAGCCUGGGAAGAAGUCCCUGCGCAUAUUAAAGAAGCCUAUGGACAGCAGUUUUUUGAAGCCCAUUACAAUGGUGUCAAACAAGGGCUGUUGACAUGUAGCACAAACCUGAACCUGGUCACGGACUGCAUGGAACACGCUUUGACCUCUGUGCAUCCCCGCACUCGAUAUUCAGCUGGCUGGGAUUCUCAGUUUUUCUUCAUUCCUCUAUCUUAUUUACCUACAUCACUGUCAGACUACAUAUUGACGAGAUCUUGGCCCAAACCAGCCCAGGCAGUCUAAAGAAAACUGGUUUGAUGGCCCUCGAAAUGAAGAAGACAAAAGUCUGAAAUUGAUAAUUAGUGUCUCAGUAAUCCUUAUUGGGAACUAACAUGUUUAUAUUCCAGAUAUCCAAAGCUUAUUCCUCGAGGUGAUGAGUUUUUACUGUUUUAAGCAUUUUUUGAUGAGAAUAUUUACAAAAUAUAUCAUUCUUCUUUGCCUAUUAAACAGAGUAGACGGAAAACAAUUCAACUUGUUUUGAUGUUAUUUCUUUAUAUAAAUGAAUAGUUCUGUGCUAUGAUACACUAUUGCUUGAGGAUUAUUGAGAAAUAUAUUGAGAAAUUUAUCCUUAUUUGUACUACAGUACUUCUUUUUUUUUUUUUUUAAAGAUUUUAUUUAUUUAUUCGACAGAGAGACAGCCAGCGAGAGAGGGAACACAAGCAGGGGGAG